CCGGCAUCACAUCUGCCUGGUAAUUUGGGAUUUUCCUUCAUCCCAAUCAUCUUGUCUCUUCCUUUUUUCUUCGCCUUACUUUCCGCCUUCUGACGCGCCCAACUCGCUAGCGCCUCUCGCACUUCAAGCCUUUUCCGACUUUUCAAACCCUUUCUAUCAACCAAUUCCAACAUGUCCCACGAGGAGGAUCUCAUUGAUUACUCCGAUGAGGAGAUUGGCGCCAACGAGGCCGCCGCCCCCUCCAACGGAAAGAAGGGAGAGGCCGCCGCCGGUAACAAUGUCGACAAGAAGGGCAGUUACGUUGGCAUCCACUCCACUGGAUUCCGUGACUUCUUGCUGAAGCCCGAGCUUCUGCGCGCUAUCGGCGACUGCGGUUUCGAGCAUCCUUCGGAGGUCCAACAAACAUGUAUCCCUCAAGCUCUUCUCGGAGGAGACAUCAUCUGCCAGGCCAAGUCUGGUCUGGGAAAGACUGCCGUCUUUGUCCUAGCCACGCUUCAGCAAGUCGAGCCCGUCAACGGCGAGGUCUCGGUUGUCGUCAUGUGCCACACUCGUGAGCUGGCUUACCAGAUCCGAGACGAGUACAACCGAUUCAGCAAGUACAUGCCUGACAUCAAGACCGGUGUCUUUUAUGGCGGUACUCCCAUCAAGAACGACGUCGAGACUCUCAAGAGCAAGGACACCUGCCCUCACAUCAUCGUCGGCACCCCCGGUCGUCUCAAGGCCCUCGUCCGUGACAAGGCCCUCCGCCUCGGAAGCGUGCGCAUCUUCGUCCUUGACGAGUGUGACAAGAUGCUCGAUCAGCCCGACAUGCGUACCGACGUGCAAGAUGUGUUCCGCGCUACUCCUCAGCAGAAGCAGGUCAUGAUGUUCUCGGCCACUCUUUCCGAUGCCAUCAAGCCCAUCUGCCGCAAGUUCAUGCAAAACCCCACAGAGCACUACGUCGAUGAAGACACCAAGCUCACUCUGCACGGCCUGCAGCAGUACUACAUCAAGCUGGAGGAGCGGGAGAAGAACCGAAAGCUGAACGAGCUUCUUGAUGACCUUCAGUUCAACCAGGUCAUCAUCUUCGUCAAGAGCACCGUCCGCGCCACGGAGCUGGACAAGCUCCUUCGAGAGUGCAACUUCCCCUCCAUCGCCGUCCACUCUGGAGUCAGCCAGGAGGAGCGUAUCCGCCGCUACAAGGAGUUCAAGGAGUUCAAGAAGCGUAUCUGUGUUGCCACUGACGUCUUUGGACGUGGUAUCGACAUUGAGCGAAUCAACCUGGCAAUCAACUACGAUUUGUCCAACGACGCCAGCUCCUACCUCCACCGUGUCGGCCGUGCCGGUCGUUUCGGUACCAAGGGUCUUGCCAUCUCCUUUGUGAGCAGCGAGCAGGACCAGGAGGUCCUCAAGGAGAUUGAGAAGCGAUUCGAAGUCGCUCUUCCCGAGUUCCCCAAGGAGGGUGUUGAUGCCAGCACUUACAUGGCGUCUUAGAGGACGGCUCAUUUCACUCUAACGCCUCCUGUACUAUUUUUUGUGCGUGUCGAGACUUGACGGGAGCAAGUGGGAGAGCAUCUAUCCGCUUACGUCGCCGGAUAUCAGAAAAUUUGGGGAAACAGUCACACUUGCUUAUACUAUUACGUAGCUUAUUUUAUCGGGAGCCAAAGGGAAUGGUAGGC